AUGAUCUUGGGCGACGGGUGCUUGUCAGGUGGCCCGUUGCCGAUAUCAAUGGCGCAAAAGAAAAUCAUGGCCACUGUGGGAAUUAGGAAAGUCAUCGAUGUCGUGGAUGACCGCAUGUUAAUUUUUGAUCCGCCUGAAACUAACCCCAUUGCCAAGAUGCAACGCAAUGCCUUCCCCAACAGCUUCAAAGGCUCGCGCAUAAGAGAACACAAGUUUGUGUUUGAUCGGGUAUUCAAUGAAGACGCUACGCAGAAUGAGGUGUAUUUGAGUACAACUCGACCCUUGUUGGACCUGGUGCUAGAUGGGUAUAACGCGACGAUUUUUGCUUACGGCGCAACCGGAUGCGGCAAGACCCACACCAUUGUUGGCACCACGGAAAGCCCCGGGGUCAUCUUUUUGACGAUGAAGGAGUUGUACGAGCGGAUUAAUGAAAUGCAAGAUCGCAAAAUCGUCGACGUGAGCUUGUCGUAUCUUGAGAUUUACAAUGAAACUAUACGGGACUUGUUGGCGCCCAAGACGGAUUUCAAGCGGUUGGUGAUUCGCGAAGACUCCAAUCAGAAAAUCUCCGUUUCCAACUUGUCCUGUCAUAGACCUGAGUCUGUCGAUGAAGUUAUGCAUUUGAUUUUGCAAGGGAAUACGAAUCGCACUUCGAGUCCCACCGAGGCCAAUGCUACCUCGAGUAGAUCGCAUGCUGUAUUGCAGAUUAACGUGGUGCAGAAGAAUCGCACCGGUGACAUCAAGGAAGAGCACACGUUUGCCACCUUGUCUAUUAUUGAUCUCGCGGGCAGCGAACGUGCAGCAGCCACAAAGAAUAGAGGCGCGAGAUUGAACGAGGGGGCAAACAUCAACAAGUCCUUGUUGGCGUUGGGCAACUGUAUAAAUGCCUUGUGUGACCCGCGGCGGCGGAACCACGUGCCUUAUCGAGAUUCAAAAUUGACGCGAUUGCUCAAGUUUUCCCUUGGCGGUAACUGCAAAACCGUGAUGAUUGUAUGUGUCUCGCCGAGCAGCCACCACUAUGAUGAGACUUUGAAUACGCUCAAAUAUGCCGACCGAGCAAAAGAGAUCAAAACUAAGGUGAUGAGAAAUCAGCAGAAUUUAGAUCGCCAUGUUGGCUCAUAUUUGAAGAUGAUUACGGAACAGAAACAGGAGAUUGAAGAGUUGAGGGCAAGGGAGGGGAAAGUUGUCGAAGCUGAUCGUGAGAGGCAAAAGAGGCUUGGGCAAGUUGCUCAUACGUUGCUUCAGGAGUGCAUUGCUUCUAUUAAGCGGAGUUUGAGUAGACAUUCGCAAGAACGAUGCAAGAGAUGCUUACUUUUAGCUAAACGGAAGCUACUAUUGAUUCAAAAAGUCGAGAUUGAGCAGUUGCUACUGAGCAGCUCUGAGAUAGUUAUGCAGCUGCAACCACAGCUGCUGCAGGAGAUGGUUACAAUUUUCAACUUGUGCGAGCAAAUUGUGUCCAAAGUUGAUGUACAAGUCCAGGAGAUUGAAGAGCUAUACACUCUGCAAUAUGAAAUUGACUACAUCUUGAGCGAAUCUGCCAUGCAGACCCUUUUGCGAAACCAAAACGAAGAAGGAUGGUCUGAGUUCCACACCACGAUAUACUACCAAUCCAUUGAAGCAUUAAAGAGGCAGGUUCACGUGGACCAACUAGUCAAGUCGCUGGCGUUGUUUGACCAAUUGAUUUCCUCGAUGCGGGAAUAUUUGUAUUUGCCGAGACUGCUUUCAGGUCCAGUCCCACCGCAGCAGAUGAUUGCCAUGUUGGAGAAUCUCGUGAAUGGGGAUUUCGAAACGCAAUUGCAGUUGCAUGCUAAUGAAUAUAUGCGAGAACACGAUUGGUUCCUGCAAUUGGCCGAUGAUUUUGCCAUCCCCAUGAUCCACUUGCAAGAACAAGAUCCGAAUCUAUAUGGCUCUCAACCAGCCAAAAAGCCAAGAAUAUCCAAUUUGAACCCGAACUUGAACAGCUCACCUACAAAUAAUGUCAACAAGACAAGCAAGCCGCCACUAAAGCGAAUCAAGUCCUCGCCAACUCGCAAGUUUAAAAAAUUGCACUUCAAGCCGCAGCUGAGUUUACAACUGGACCACGGUGACGGCGGUUCAAAUCGACCUCCUACUGCUGCUGCCACGGCACAGCAAUUUGCAACUGGCGAUGCCAUGGAUUCAAGUCUAGACGAAGUUGUAAUGCAAGAUACUUCCACAAUAGCCAUGCUAGAUGACCCCAUCAACCAUUCACCCAGCAUCAAACGCGUCUCUUUUUCCGAUUUAGACCUCAAGUUCAACCCGCAAUUGGAAUCGCCUCCAUCACCUCCAAAGUUAAAAACUCAAUUGAAGCGAAGUAGUCUCAGUCGUAAAUUGACGCACGACUUACGACAGGGCAAAAUGUCGAAACUGGAUGACGCAUCAAGUCGAGAUCAAGUGGUUGAAAAUGAUGAUUCUCAGUCUACGAUCUCAUUGACUGAGCUGAAGAUGCCAUUAUUGGAUACCCUGGCAGCCUCCAAGAUUGCAACUACAUUGGACUAG